CUCCAUCUAUUUUCUUUUUGUAGUACUUCAUAUAAUACUUCAUAUAACUUGCUCUCUCGAUAUAUAUUUACUAUGUACAUACAUCCACGAAUACAUAGUGCAAUGAUAUUAUAUAUUUAAUAUUGAAUCUCCCUACGUAUAAUAUAUUAAAAUAUGUGUAUUAUAAAAUUAAUACGUUCCUUGAAAAUUUAUCAAUAAUUUGUUUCUAAGUACACUAUUUAACAUAUAACCUCGCAGACCGAUCGAUUAAUCAACUGUCGUUUCCAACGACUAUAAACUUGAUUUAUAAUUUAACAGGAACUGUCAGUUUACAUAGUCGAGGAGGUUUCAUUUCAUAAUAUAAAUUUGUGCCUUAUUUUUCUAAGAUAACAAGAAUAGAAGAAAACAGCAUGGAUGAAACGAGUUUGUCGAGUCCAAAAGAUGAGAAACGAGAUUCGAAAAACGGAGAACACUGUUCGUUCGACGAAGUAAUCGGACAUAUCGAAGAUUUGUUAUUAGAGAAAGACUUUCAAGCUCUUCAGCAAAGAUUUUUAGAAAAGUACUGGAAUGUUUUUGAACCAGUGGAAGACAACAAAUUAAUUUAUACCAAUAUAUUUAAUGAAUAUAAUAAAACUGUAGAGAAAUACAUUGAGGAUUAUCUUAAAAAAGUCAUGCCACAAUUCACAAUAGACAUUCUUUUACAUCAAUUAAAUGAGAAACAGGCAGAAUUGGAAGGUGAAGUCUUUGAAGUAUUGUCAACGAUAACAGACUUUUUGGCUUUUAAGGAAAUGUUUCUUGAUUAUAGAGCAGUAAAAGAAGGUAAAGUUGAAGAUCUCAGCUGUGGAAUAGCUGUUACAUCUUUAAAAUUCUAUAAUGCAGAAGAUUGCAAUAAAUCACCAAGAUAAUGCACAUGAUUUUAGUAUUAAAAAAGAUGCCUUUCAAGAUAAAAGAUAGAACAUAUUAGAAAAAGUGAUGUCAAAUGUGACAUAUAAGUCAAACAUUAAUAUAUAUGCAUAUUGUUCAAUAUUUAUUAAUGAUUGUAUCUGCAAAAAUCUUUAUCAUAUCAUGUAUUUUUUACAAAUAGAAGUACAAAAAUAAUUUAAAUAUCCUA